AUGGGAGUCAACUACGCGACGAAUAACUCGAAUGGUACUUCUACAUCAUCUUCAACAAGUAGCACAACUGGCGCGCAAUCCAGCAGUGGCGGUCUGGUGACCAGACCUGCACCCGGUUCUGUCGAGGCGUUGUUUGAAAGGCCGUUCCGUCCUGGCGAUAGCGGGUUUUACUUCUACACUCCAGCAACGUUGGAGUUUGACCACAUGGGGCUACCGCAAGGUCAAGAGCUCGAGAUCAUCAGUCGAGACCACAUGAGCCCUGCGCGAGAAGGGAUUACUACUUUCGUUGAUGCCUUAACGCUCUUGGAUGAGGCGGAUUUUCUCCGGUCUUCGACACCUGAAGUUCUACCUCACAACGUCGAUUUCAACUUGGAUCCGUGGAUGUCAGCUAGGAACUUGUCGGACGUGACACAACUCCACAU